AUGCUAAGCAUAGCACCCUGGACCUGUGACCAAGAACUUAGUAAUGGGCCACAGAGCUGCCAGUUGGUAUCUGUUCCUGUACUGUGCACAAGUUUAGACCCCUCUGCGCUGUGUUUGGGACUUCUUGCUGUGGUGCAAAGCUUCUCCCUGACCUCUGUGAAGUGGUUCCUGGCUAGACCAUGUCCACAGCGUCCACAGACGUUUCUGUCUCCCUGUGCUGACUGGCCAUUCCUCCCUGUAGCCUCCAACUGUUGCACAGAAGUGUCCCAUCAUUCUAGAAGACUUUUAGCAAAAGUGAAAAGCUGUCACACUCAAAGAGCUGAUGGAGUUUGUGACCUACCAGCUGUCGUCCUCCAUGUGCAUCAUCGAAAAUUCUGCGUCAGCCCACAUAAUCACACCCUUAAGACAUGGAUGAAAAGGCAAAAGAACAAGAAAAACGCAAAAGGAAAUAUUUGUAAUAGGAAGAAACACCCCCACAAGAGGAAGAAGAGCAAAAUGACAAGGCACAGACAGCUUCAUAAACAUGGACAGAAAACUCCUUAUUAG